CGACACCUCGACGUGUGAUCUCCGGUGCCCAACUGCGUGUCCUGGCUUUAACGCGUUUAUCCUAUUUAAACCCAUUUCACCCCUGAUGGCACCUACGUUUUAGAAAAAGACGUCGUGUUGACACACAGUUUCACGCAUAGGACGACGACGAUGGCGAGUGAAGACGACCUCCAGAAGCUCAAGCGGCGCGAGGGCAGCACGCGCCACCAGCGCAAGUGGCGGCAGAAGAUCGUAGCGGAGAUCGCACACCUGCGCGAGCAAGCGCUGUCGCUCGAAGCCGAGGUCCAGCGGCGCAAGACGACGACAAAGGCGCGGCCGCCAAUGGACCCGCUCACGCUGCCGUGGCAAGACGUGGCCGAGUCGCUCCGAGACGAGAGCGCGACCUCUGUCCACCGCAACCGCGCGCUCAAGCUCAAGCAUGCACAGUACGCGACGCUCGUGUCGGCCAUGGCGCGCUGGGUCCAAACGUCCUCCCAGCCGUUGGUCACGGCGCCGCGCACACGCCCGACAUGGCGACACACGGCGCUCUUGGCCGAGCCCAUGGGCCGGCAGCUAGGCGUCGACUGGAUCACGACGAUGCUCUUCCACAACACCGAGCGCAUGCUCGACGCAUACGGUGUCUACGGCACGGCGACCUCGACGCACAUGAUCGACUACUCGGUCAACGUCACCGAGGCCGACACAUUCGAGUACGUGUGGAUGACGACCAAGCACGUCGACAUGGCCUUGGAGCACGCGCGCGACCUCAUUCGCAUGUGGCUCUACCAGUACGCGACCGGCGCCAUGUGGCGCAAAACCUCGUCGACGCUGCUCGACGUCGAGCUCCUCUUGCCGCUGCCGCGCACCACGUACUGCGAGACGCACAAGCUCGAGCCCGACGAGAUGGUGCGCUUCCUCAGUCGCGAGUUUCGCGGCGAGCACCAGAGCAUAUUUGUCGGCCAAAACAUCCACGCCGACGAGUGCAUGCCGAUGCCGACAACGUUCCGCAACCGCGCCUUUUGGUAUGUGUUGGACCGCGCGGGCCCGACGUCCACCAAGGUGCAGAUGCUCCACGUGACGUCACACUUGCUUUCGCCGGCGGCCGAGCCGCUCGGACUUGUUCAAGAAGGGGCGCUCAUGGGCUGUGAUCUCUCGAUGGUCCACGAAGUCGACCAGCUCGAGAAGCUCACGCGCCACGCCAACCGCGUCGCGGUCAAGGAGGUCGAAGGGCUUGCGGCGUCGUUUGGGAAUGGCGCGAAAAUGUUUGGCUACACGGGCGCGUUCCGGUAGCCCUACCCCCAUAAGAACCUAGUCGACUAGUCGAUGGCGAUACCAUAUUUGCGGUCGCUGCAUCGCAACGACCCGUAUCGACAUCGCCUUGAACGUAGAAUGUAGGAGAGCACAGAGGGCUAGGCUUGCGCAUGCCAUGUCGCCGACCCAUACCAAGCAAAGAAGAAAGGGCGUACGGCCAGCAUCCAUCCAUA